CACACCAGCGUGGUGGUGGAGGUGUUUGGAGUUAAGACAAGAACGCGGAGGGGGAAAAUUACUGUGGCCACAUCGCAACUUUCUGGGCCACAAAAACACGCUCCAGCCCGAAAAACUAUAAUGAAAUAUACUUCCAGGUUUGCUCAGAAGACGUAGAGGUUGACGUAAAAGUGACUUUUUUCAACUGGAGCUGCUUCCUUGUUCGACAACGGGGUGAAAUAUCUCAACAUCCUCACAAAGAAACUUUGCUUGCUAGGUCUGCUAACUCGCACACAAGCCAGAAAAAAAAAAAAAAAAAAAAGUAUGAUCACCGCCGAAGACUUUAUCUCACGCUGUUAGUAACGUCUCAUCUGUCGAGCUAAGUGAAACUGGUGCUUGUGUUUACUUGGAAAUUAUAUUUAUAUUACUCAAGACUGACUUUUGUAACGGUUUUUAGUAGUCUUCAUCACCAGUGGAGGAAGGGUUGCAGCUGGUAUCUUAGCCAGCCACCACCAGCGCGCCCCCCCCCCCCCCAAUCUCCACCAGGCAGGACACCCACUGCUGUGUUCAGGUAGUUAGGAGUUAAGUAGUCCCAGACUUGUUUCUGGAAAGAUGUCUGGCCGAAGUGGAGUGGUACAGAUCCGGGGGGCUACUCUGGGUCCACAGCCUCUAAAGGCUACUAUUCCCUAUCAGCUGGCCAGCAAGCCUCGACCAACCCGGAGCGAUGGACAGUCAGCUGGAAAACCCAAACCGCACCAGCUGAGCUCUGGCAUGAGGCGGACGAUGUCUCUUGAUGCCAUCAUCGGGCCGUACCUGCAGGGACACUGGCCCAAAGAACCAGAGGGCCAGAGCAGCCUGUCACGCAAGGACAAGUCCACCCAGACUCCAGACUCUUGGUCUGAUAAAUCCCAGAGCAGGAGAGGUAGCAGCAGCAGCCACAAGCGAUCUGCAUCAUGGGGCAGUGCUGAGCAUCUGCGAGAGAUCGCUAAACUAAAACAACAGCUGCAGCAGCGCAGCAAACCUGCAGUCUCAGGGGGGCACGACAAAGACCGCCAGCGUGGAUAUCCUCAGGGGAGCUGUAGCUUAGGAACUACUCGGCCGAUUCCCAUCCCCCUCGCUCCCCUGUCUACACUGGUCCCUCGACUGCGCUGCAGUGUGGAGGGUCUCAACCAGGAGCUGGAAGGCAUGUUUAUCUGCCAGCCACCGCAUCCUCAGCACAGGCUCCUUGAGGUUCCAGACGGUCACCGGGCUCCGUUCCCUCCGCAGAGCUGCAGCAGUGGAUCUCAGAGUGACCCAGCCACCACACCACUGUCCUCAUCUUCUUCCUCCUCUUCCUCCUCACCCAGCUCCUCUCCCACAAACCUCUCCUCAGCCCCACCCGGCAUCGAAGAUGCACCUCUCGAUCUGCACCAAGGUUUGAUAGACCGUGCAGAGAUGUGCCUCCUGUCUCCCUUCUCCUCCCAGAAUGAGUGUGACCUCUCCCUGCCUCUGCUGAUGUCGUGCUCCCCAGGUCCCAACAAAAGUUGCUGCUUCCAGAGAGAGCCUCCAGAGGGUUGCGAAAAGGUCAAAGUCUGGGAGGAAACCAGCACUCUACGCCAACACAAGCCAGCCCUCAUCUCCUCGUGCCCAGACCCCAACAAGGUAAACUUCACCCCCCAUGGGGGCUCAGCCUUCUGCCCCGUUAGCAUCCUCAAGCCCCUGCUCCCCUCCAUGGACCUGUUGUUCCGCAGCCUGGCCGUCUCUCCAGCAGGCACUUGCUCGAGCCAGGGAACGAGCUCCUGCCAGGCAUCGUCCUCCGGCACCCGGGCUGCUCCUCCGGAUCCUCCCACCACCACCACCACCACCGCUGUCCUGGGAGAAAGCUCCGGGGAGGGCCUCGCUUUCUGAUCAGCUGCAGAUCUUCUUCUGUGGAAACGAUGACGCAUAAUGCUUCAUUUUAGGGAAGGACCGUUCCAUAGCUAUACAGGUUUAAAAGAAUCUUAUGUUGGGAAAAUAAUAAUUUGAAAGAAAGAUACAAUAUCGUACUUUUUCUCCACACAAUGGAUAUGCUUUAUGCUCUUCUUGUUUUGGGUGUCCGGGCAUUGUGAUAUUUCUAAAUUUUAACACAUUCCUGUCAUUCAUUCAUAAUCCAAAGAUAUAUAUUUUGGCCAAACACAAGUGUGAGAGACGGGCGAGUGUUAUUCUACUCUUAACGCUAUCUGAAACGUGAUUUGUUGGAUGACCGAACCCCUCACGUUUUUCCCCAAAGAAGCCAUGACGCAAACUUAUAUUAUUAUUUUUUUAAACUCCGACUGCAGUGAGUCAUCUCUGUCCAAAAUGGUAGGAGUCUUAGUCGAGUAAGAAAAACCCUUCUUGGAUAAGUUUGCUUGUUUUUAAGUAUUCAAAGAUAUUUAUCUGCAAUUCUUUUUACCUAACUUGACCUUGCACCUGUUGCUGGUGUACAAAGCACGACAAAUCAGUUGGUUACUUUUUUAUUUACAUAAUAAUAAUAAUAAUAAUAAUAAUAAUAAUAAUAAUAAUAAUAAUAAUAAUAAAUACAACAAUGAAAUCACAUUUAGAUUAUUGUAAACUGAAGGGAAUUUUCCAUUUGUUGGACUUUGGUAGCAUCAAUACCUAAAAAGCUUCAGCUCAUGCAUUCCUGCUUUAAAAGUUGUACAGAAGUUAUUUUUGUUGUCAUAUUGUUUACUUACAAAAAAAGAAAAAAAGAAACUUGUGCGCAAGUUAAUGGAUAAAAACCCCCUGUUAUUCCUUGAGGUUAUAGAUGUGUGCUUGAUGGUGUGUUUAUAGUUCUGAGGUUUCGCAGCCUAGUUGACUACCUAACCAGUUUUAGUGGUGUAGCUUUGUCAUCUUUAAUGUUUCUCUGAAGACGUUCUUCUUCUGCCAAGCUGACAAGUUGAUGUUCAAAUAGUUUUAUUUCUGGUAGACAUGUUUGCACAAAUUGAACUGCUACUUUUGAGUCGCAAUUCUUAUUUUUAUAUUCACUUUUGUACUUUAAGAGUAGUAAUGUGUAUUUUCUACAUCUUUUUUCAAUUACCUGCAACAUAAGCUAAAAAAAAAAAAAAACCUGUUACUUUUAGUUUUGUUCUGUCGGUAUAACGGAGGCAGGUGUUACAUGAUAUACUGUAUCGGGUGGAUUUUUAUGCACUUCCAGGAGAGGGUUUUUUAUGUGGAGGAGGAGACGUUUCUUCCAUACCUUAGUCCUGACCGGAGUUUUGUUUGUGUGUGUGCACGUGGAUGGAAAGUUAACUAGUCUGUUUGUUUGACUUAUAGUUUUAGUAUCCUCGUGAAAUACUGUUGUAUUUAAACAUUGUCUUUUUCCAAAUAAGCCUCAAUUUCAAUGUUUUAUGAAACGGUGUGGAUGCUGGGGAUGUGCUGUUAUCUCAGGUUCUGUGUUCUGUCCACAUAAAUAUAUGAUUGAUAA